CACUUGGACAUCUUUUGAAUCAGUCUGAGGCUUUCAAUAAACCAUUGGUUCAUACUCGACAUCUCUUUAUAAUUGUCUUAAGAUGUUAGCUUUGCUUUUGAUCUGGGGAACAGUGGUGGUGCUGUGCUGUAGCUUUUGGUUUUCUCUGGGAAGAAGGAGGAGACAUCCAAAUGAGCCACCCUUAGAGAAUGGGAUACUGCCAUACCUUGGAUGUGCUUUGCAAUUUGGAGCCAAUCCACUCAAAUUCCUCAGGGCAAGAGAAAAGAAACAUGGCCCCAUUUUCACUUGUCGACUGGCUGGCAAAUAUGUUCACUUUCUCACGGAUCCCUUUUCGUAUCAUGCAGUCAUGCAACAUGGAAGACAUCUAGACUGGAAGAAGUUUCACUUUGCAACCUCUACAAAGGCAUUUGGACAUGGGAGUAUUGAUCCAAGUGAUGGAAACACUACUGAGAAUAUGCAGCAGACUUUCACUAGAACACUGCAGGGUAAUGCCUUAACGUUUCUCAGUGAAGCCAUGAUGGAAAAUUUGCACUAUGUCAUGGUGGAAUCAAGUGAAGCAAAAAUGAGCUCCAGUGACUGGGUCACUGAUAAGCUUUAUGAAUUCUGCUGUCGUGUGAUGUUUGAAUCUGGGUUUUUAACCCUGUUUGGUACAGAGUUUAACUCAAGCUACAGAAAGAUUCUUUCUUCUACCCAAGAAAACCAGAGAGCACGUAUCCUCAACGCCCUGGAGAACUUCAAGGCAUUUGACCAAAUCUUCCCAGCUCUUGUAGCAGGUCUACCAAUCCAUCUAUUCAAAAGUGCCCACAGUGCACGAGAGAAGCUAGCUGAAGCUCUGCUCCAUGAGAACCUUAAAAAAAGAGAGAACAUUUCUGAACUAAUUUCCCUACGCAUAUUCUUGAAUGAUACUCUCUCCACUUUUAAUGACAAAGAAAAAGCAAAGACCCAUCUGGCAGUCCUGUGGGCUUCACAAGCUAAUACAAUACCUGCUACCUUUUGGACCUUGUUCCAUCUUCUUAGGAAUCCAAAGGCAAUGGAAGCAGCUACUGAAGAGGUGAAAAGGGUGUUAGAAAACAUUUCUGGAAAUAUUGGCUCAAAUAGGAAACCUAUACCCUUGAAUCGAAAACAACUAAAUGACAUGCCUGUAUUAGAUAGUAUUAUCAAAGAAGCAAUAAGGCUCUCCAGUGCAUCCAUGACUGUCAGAGUUGCCAAGGAAGAUUUCAUUUUGCAAUUAAGCAGCAGUUCCUACAAUAUCCGCAAAGAUGACAUUGUAGCUCUUUAUCCCCAGCUGUUGCAUUUUGAUCCAGAAAUCUAUUCUGAUCCCCUGACAUUCAAGUAUGACCGUUACCUUAAAGAAGAUGGAAAAGAAAAGACAACAUUCUACCGCAAUGGUCGCAGAUUAAAAUACUAUUAUAUGCCAUUUGGAACGGGACUUGCAAAAUGCCCUGGAAGACUGUUUGCAGUUCAUGAAAUCAAGCAAUUUUUGAUUUUGUUGCUUUCCUAUUUUGAAGUGGAACUCACUGACAAGAAUGUGAAAUGCCCUUCUUUAGAUCAGUCACGGGCAGGACUUGGUAUCUUACAACCUACAAAUGACAUUAAUUUCAAGUACAGAUUCAAAGUUCUGUGAAGCGUAUGGAACAAAAUUAUUUCUUUGUAUCAGCUUCAGAAAGGGUCAAAAAGACCUCCACAAUGAUUUUGCUCCAAAGAGCUUGGAGAAACUGUCAACAUUGCUCAAAUGUAUAGGAAACAUGUGCAUUUAUAUAUCUUAUUUUAGGACACAUUGUGGGAACACUAAUAAAAAGACACAGCCCGCUAAGGAUGCAAUCUUAUGCACCUUUACCUAAGACAAUGUUACUGGUGGGCCUUCAGUGGAGUUUUUGUCACAACAGGAGACAAGCAUGUUGACAAGGGGGUGUAACUGAAUAUCACUUCUCUUGAGAGGCUGGAGAGAGGUUACUUCAUCACACUCUAUACAACCCCCUUGCGUCAUGCAGCCUUUUACGUAUUUGCAAGCAAAGGUUGUAAACAAGCAUAGGUUCAGGGGUUAGGAUUUGGCACACUUUGACGGAUUGUACCACACUAUCACUGAUCUCUGGAAGAGCAUGAAAAGCUGAUGCAAAUAAGGUUUUUUGCUUCCUUGAUGCUUGUUUAGUGGCAUUCAGAGUAAUUGAACAGCAAACAAUCAGUGCUUUGUGAAUAAAUCCAAUUGAUCAUUCAAGUUUGAAGAGACUCAUUUAAUCAACAAGACUUAUAUAAGUGCUGACUUAACAAGUCCUGUUCAUUAAAUGGGAUUGUUCUAGUUGUGAUUAACAAUUGGAUUUACCUCAUAAUGUUUUGUUUGUUUGUUUGUUUGUUUUUGUCAAAUGAGAAUGUAUGUGUGUGUGUGAAGGGAAAUGUAAUGUUUUUUGUUGCUGAUUUUAUAUGACAUUACUUUCUUCAAUAAACUAUUUCAAUCACUGUU